AUGCCACCCAAGCUAAGAAAGAAGCCAAUUCAAAAUAGCAUAGUUGUAAUAGAAAGAAAACCAAUAGACCUCCAAGAAAUCGCAAAAAGGCAAGCAUCAAAAAUAAAUCGAGAAAGUGAAUCCUUAAACCGAUCCAACACAGAACUGCAUUUAUCUAGGAAACAGUCUCAUGAGCCUCGAUAUGUAAACAAUAAAUCUAAUUAUGAUAUAGUAUUAUCAGAUUUAUCAUCGACACCGACACUAUCUAAAUCUAGAACUUCUACGCCUGCAAAGCCACAUUUUGAACAAACUUAUGAAUCUUCACCUAUGAAAAUGAACGAAACAGCAAAUCCGAUCUUUAGUAACUCAAAUGUUGAAAUUUUGGCUCAAAAUUUAGCUUUAAAAUACAAGAAAAAAUAUAAAAAGCAAGCCAAAGAACUUGUGAAUAGGCAAAAUGAAAUUCAUAAUUUUCAAAUGGAGUCUAUGAGGAGGCUAUAUGAAGAAAAAUUAAAAAAAUACAGGGAAAUUAUCAUAAAGCUGCAAAAAGAUAAUGAAGAUCUUCUAGCGAAAAAUAUGAAUUCGGAAAAAAUAAUUGAAAAUCCAACAGAGAAGCUUGAAGAAGAAAACUUAUGACUGAAAAAAGAAAUACAAAAAUUAAAAGCAAAAACUUAUCAUAAAGGGUCUGAAUUUACGCUUGGGAGAAUCCCUGAUAAUUUGUAUAGUGAAAUCUAA